AUGGCGACACAACAACAGCAGCAUCAGGAGGACCCUGUUGAGUCUGCUGAUGAUAGCAUGUGGCGGGAUGUGGAGAGGGUGGCCAACCGUCUCCAGAUCACAGACAACACAGACAAUGACGAGGACAGCAAGGACAGGACAGCACCGCUGCCGCACCAGCAGGGCCAGCAGGGCCAGCAGGACCAGCAGCCCGUUGUCCAGCACGCACAGACCACAGCAGCAGCGACAGCGAUGGCAGCGACAACAGCAGGUUCGUCUUCGUCGUCGACACUGACGGACGGCACAACAGCGUCGACUGAGACCGAUGACACGCCGGUCGUGCUGCGCCGCCGCAAGAGCCGGUCCUCCUACAAGGCCAAGCGCGGCGAGACGUCUCUUGACGCCGUGCUGCGAAACCGGCGGCAGCGUGCCGGCAACGACAAGGCCGCUGAGCAGCGCUAUUCGUCCAUCCAGAAAACACGCCGCCUUGAACUCAUGCUGGAGCGGCUUCAGAUCUACCGCGAAGACCUCUCCGAUUGGCUCUCCCGGCUGUUCGACCUGAACCUGACGGAGGAAACACUGCUCGAGGGCAUCCGCAACGGUGCGCUGCUGUGCCGGUUGGCCACGCGCGUAUGGGAGCAGCGGUCCGAGUGGCGACGGCACACACUGCAGGAUCCGGCCACCAUCAAGCCGCCAAAGAUCAAGGACGGCGUCGACAGCGGUUCGUUCCAGGCACGAGACAACAUUGCCGGGUUCCUGGCGUGGGCGAAGGCUGUGGGCACCCCGCAGGCCUGCCUCUUCGAGACCAACGACCUUAUCAUGCUCAGAAACGAAAAUAACAUCCUCAACUGCCUGAUGGAAAUUGCCCGCGGGGCGCCCUUCCUGCCCGUCCUCCCACAGCUUGUUGAGUUUGAGCGGGAGAUUGACGGGGACAGCGGGACGGGGCCGCGGGCAGAGGCGCUGCCCAACGACGAGCACAUACAGACGGUGAUGGCCACGCUCGCAGACGUCGAGGAGGAGGAGGAGGAGGAUGAUGAUGAUGAUGAUGAUGAUGACGAAGAAGAAGAACAGAGGAAAGGUGAGGAACAGGAAAAGGGUGGCGGUGAGGGUGAGGAAGGCACGACGAAUGCAGACAUCGCAAGUCAUAGCCAUGGUGAAGUUGAGGGUGGUGGAGAUGAUGCUUCGCAGCAGCAGGAACAGCCAGCACGGCGGAGGCGACGGAAGUCGAAGGAGUCCAAAGUGAAGCAGAUGAUGCUGAAACCGCUUGGAAAAGGACAGUAUCUGCUUGGAAAACAGGUCCUCCACUGCCGCAUCUUCCGCAACCAUGUUGUGGUGCGUGUUGGUGGCGGGUGGGACAGCCUCGAAAAUUAUCUGGGAACGCAUCGCAAGCAGCGGCAGGGGUUUGGCCAACGGUUUGCUGUUGGCACAGGGGGCACGCCGACAACAGCCACCACCACCACCACGGCCUCCACCACCAACGCCAACGCCAACGCCAACGCAACGAACACGAAGACACCGGCGUCAUCAUCGUCGUCAUCAGCGCGUGAUGCGCAUCCGUCUGGGGAGGAGGCUGCUGUGGUCAACUUGACGAAAUCGCCUCAGGUCCACCGUACCCAGUCGAAGGGCGGUGGGAGCCCGUCGUCAACGCUGUCGCCGAAAGCGGACGGAGAAGCCGUCAACAUUGCCAUCAACAUCGAAUCUGAAUCAGCCAUCGACCUCUACGAGAAGAGCGUCCAUGCACACGCACACCAUGAUGGUGACGAUGGUGGUGGUGGUGGCAGCGGUGGUGGUGGUGGCGGUCAUCGUGAUAAGAAGACACCUCACCAUGCAAAGGCGUCGUCGUCGUCCACGCCAGCAACGCCGGCAGGAACGGCAGUUGUGCCGUCUCGGGGAAUGGCAAGAGGUCGGUCGAUGUCGUCAGCGUCACCGUCGACGUUCACGCCUGCAGGGGCAGCGGGCCCGCGCUCGCCGCUGUCCCGGCACAGCUCCACGCCGUCUGCACACGCGCCCGCACACCUCCACCGCCACCGCCAGCCCAUCUUCUCUCCCGCCCACCCACAACAACAACAACAACAACAACAACAACAACAACAACAACAACAACAACAACAACAACAACAGCAGCAGCAGCAGCAGCAGCAGCAGCAGCAGCAGCAGUCAAAGCCUGUACAUAAGCACCGGUCGCCUCAUCGCUCCUCAUCCGGCCAUGUCCUGCCACGACGGCGCAGCGCAAACGCCGUCAACGGCAACACCGUCGCCACGAGCAACAAGAACACCACCACCACCACCACCAACACCAGCACAACUGGCACGCCAGGUGCCGGGAGUCGUGGUGGUCUGCGCACAUCUCCACGACGUCGAUCGUCAGCGCGUAUGUCCGCGCGGGCCGCAAGUGCAAACGCAUCGCUGACAUCGCCACUGCACGCGCAGCCGCCGGCAACGACAGUGAAGACACAGGCAUCAGCACCAUCACCAUCGCAGCCGCUGUUGCUGUUGCAGCCUGCCGCUGGGCGGAGUGCCGGUGUCACGACCACCACAGCGAUGCAAGCAGUGGCACUGAGUGGGAAGAAGAAGGCGGAGAACAAGGAAGGAGAACAAGAAGAGGCAACAGCAACGGCAGCAGCAGUGGGUGAGAAGAAGGGUGAAAGUGAUGACACGAAACGUGACGAAGCAGCAGCUGCUGUUGUGAGCAGUGAGGCUUCGCAGCAAGAUGCCAAUCAUGCAGCCGCUGAGACAAAAGGCGCCAAGAACGCAGCAAGUGGACGGACCAGCUGUGAAGGGAAGACAUCAGCACGCCAGUCCACAGCAGCAGCAGCAGCAGCAGCAGCGAAACAGAAGUCAAAGACCAGAGCAGAAGACGAGAAGCCAGGCACGAAGAGGGGCACCUCUCAGCCACGCACACAGACGCGUGCACGCACACCAACCGCUGGGAGUGGUUCGCGAACGCCGUCGCAGGCAUCCUCUGCCGCCCCAUCGGCCUCAUCAUCGUCAACAGCACUGCUUCCCGCGGGACCGUCAGCAGCGACUGCACAAACACAUACACAGGCGCAGACACAGAAGCAGACUGCAGGUCCUGGUGAUGGUGUUGCUGCUGCUGCUGCUGCUAGUGGUGGUGGUGGUGGUGGUGGUGGUGGUGGUGGUGGUGCUCGCUCGGAUGAGAAGCGAGGCCGCCGUGGCGACAGCGGCGAUCAAAGCAGCCGUGGUGGCCAUGGUGGACUGUCGAGCCGAAAGAGUGGCAGCACGCGUCGCCACUCGUCUGGACAGCGGAAACGCGAUGUCACAACACCAGGCGGCGGCACCAGCAGUCGCGCACCAAGCAGCAGUCGAGGAAGUGUUCGCGAUAAAAGCGGUGGUGGUGGCAAGAAGAUGACAAGCGGUGCAAGUGGUGGGGCGAUCACCACCAGGGGCAGUAAAGGCCCCGGUAGCAGCAGCAGCAGCGGUCGGAGUGGUGUUGGCAGUGCCAGCCGCCUCAAGGGCCGGAAGGUCAGCUCACCCAGUCCACUACACAGCAGCUCACAGCACCAGCACCAUCACACGCCUCACGAACAACAGCCGAAGCACAAGCGGCCUGGGUCGGCGCCUGUUUCUUCGUCAUUGUGCUCUCCGAGAGCACGGAAACAGCCGACGGAGGGCAGAGACCACUUGCAGCAGCUUGCUGAAGAAGGGGAGACCACGUCGGCUGGUCCCAAGCGAAGCAACAAGCCAACACCAGCAAAAUCAGCACCAGCAGCACCAGCAGCAACUACGCCGUCAGCACUGGCGCCGUCAUCGAGUGCUCGACGCGUGUCGCUGCCUGCGUCUGCAUCAAAGAUCCCGCUGCCAACAACACCCGUUGGGCGGGUGCGCCGUGUGAGCGCUGCACCAACGCCGACAACACCGCACGCGCAUUCUGCGCCAACCUCGACCACGGGUCUUCGCAAGCGCAGCGUCCCCGUGUGGAUGUCAAUGUCAAUGUCAAUGUCACCGGCGACAACAACAGCGACGGCACGGUCGCCUGCUGCGCCUGCGCCACACGCUGCGACGAGGCUGUUGUUUUCCUCCCCAUCACCAGCGUACCCGCACGCGCCAUCGCCGAAGACAACGCCGCUGCCGGAGGUGAAGGAGGAGGCGGAGCCUGAAGCAGCAGCGACGCCCAGUACAGCGGCUGAUGCAGCACACGACACAAAGAAGCAGCAACAACAGAAGAAGGGGCAGCAACAACAGAAGAAGGGGGAGCAACAACAGAAGAAGGGGGAGCAACAACAACAACAACAACAACAACAACAACAACAACAACAACAACAACAACAACAACAACAACAACAACAACAACAACAACAACAACAACAACAGCAGCAGCAGCAGCAGCAGCAGCAGCAGCAGCAGCAGCAGCAGCAGCAGCAGGGUGUGCGGCGUUUUUCGCGGGACAAGUCGGGAUCUGUCAAGGGCUUUCGCCGGACGUCGAGUGCACGCGCACGGAUCAUGCGCGGACAGUGGCAGCAGCAACAGGAACAGCAGCAACAGCAGCAACAGCAGGCGCAAGAAGCUGUGGAGGAUGACAAGUCGGCGGUGACACCGCAGGGCGGGACACAGGCGAAGCCAAAGAAGAAGGGACGAUCGCUAUCGCUGCGCCUUUUGGGAACACGAAGAAGCUCGCGUGGUGCUCGCAGCAAGGACAGCAGCAACAGGGGUGAUGGGGGUGCCACAGCACACACGUCUGCAUCUCCCACAUCAAAUGCGUCUGGCGAGCAUGGUGAGGGCAUGAACGGGGAUGCUGCUUCGUCAACAGACGCAGACGAGGAUGUGCUAUCACCAUUGUCCCCCGCGUCACACGAUUCAACGGGUGCGUACAGCUUUGAUUCGAGUACACGUGGUGCGCAGUCUGACACGCCCGCUCUCUCCGAAGCGCGCUUGCACAUGCACAGCGGGGUGACACCCACGACAAUGGUUGCUGGUGUGCGACGUGCUGGCUCCAUGCCAACGCAGUUGCGCUCUCCGUUGAAAAUGAAGGCCAAGCGUGCCACCCUCACUAGUGUCCACACCUCCUACGUCUGA